UGAUAUCAGGCAGGUGUUAGCCAGCCCCGCUGUUGGUUUAUUAGGUCCUUCCAUGACCUCCAGUUUAUGAAGUGCUGUGGGAUAUAUUUAUGAAUUUAGAAAAGAGCAUUUUACAGUUGGUGAGAGAAAAGUUUCAGCAGAAGAGAUGGCCAGUGUCCUGUGCAGAGCGUUUCAGAUGACUGGCUGAAAAGUCUCCACAACCUCCUGAAAACAAACAAAAGGGCAGAUGGUGUGAUAGGGGUACAGCUGGUUGUUACCAUGGUGAUGGCCAGUUUGCUACAGAAGAUCAUACCACACUAUUCUUUUGCUCGUUGGCUUCUCUGUAAUGGCAGUUUGCAUUGGUACCAGCAUCCAACUGAAGAUGAGUUACGGACCCUUGCUGGGAAACAACAGCCCAAAGGAAAAAACAAAAAGGACAGACGAUAUAAUGGUCACAUUGAUAAUAAACCACUUACCAUUCCCAAGGAUAUUGAUCUGCACUUGGAAACAAAACCAGUUGCUGAAGUGGACACUUUAGCUCUUCAUUAUUUCCCUGAAUAUCAGUGGUUGGUUGACUUCACAGUUGCAGCUACUGUAGUUUACCUAAUAACAGAGGCUUAUUACAGAUUGGUGGUCCCCACCCAGGAGAUGAAUAUCAGCAUAGUAUGGUGUAUGCUUGUCCUAGCAUUUGCAGUUAAAGCGGUGUUCUCUUUGACAACACAUUACUUUAAAGUUGAAGAUGGUGGUGAAAGAUCAGUCUGUGUUACAUUUGGGUUUUUUUUCUUUGUCAAAGCAAUGGCGAUUCUUAUAGUUACAGAAAACUACCUGGAAUUUGGUCUGGAAACAGGUUUUUUAAACUUCUCUGAAAGUGCUGUGAAAUUUCUUGAAAAACAAGGACUUGAAUCCCAAGGUCCAGUGUCAAAACUUACUUUCAAAUUAUUCCUUGCUAUGCUGUGUUCAUUCAUUGGAGCUUUCCUUACAUUCCCUGGCUUGCGGCUAGCACAGAUGCACCUGGAUGCCCUAAAUCAAACAACAGAAAAACUCACACAGUUUUUCCUUCAUAUAAACUUUUUGGCACCGUUGUUAAUGGUAUUACUAUGGGUAAAGCCAAUCACCAAGGACUACAUUCUGAACCCACCUCUAGGCAAGGAAAGUGUGCCUUUAAUGACAGAAGAUGCCUUUGAUACUAUUCGUCUUUGGAUCAUCAUUCUGCUGUGUGUUUUAAGACUCUCAAUGAUGAGAUAUCAUUUGCAAGCCUAUUUAAAUUUAGCACAGAAAUGCAUGGAUCAAAUGAAGAAGGAAGCUGGCAGAAUAAGUACUAUGGAGCUGCAGAAAAUGGUUGCUCGAGUCUUUUAUUAUCUUUGUGUCAUCGCAUUGCAAUACAUGGCACCUCUUGUUAUGCUUCUUCACACCACAUUUCUUCUGAAGACGCUAGGCAAUCAUUCCUGGGGAAUUUAUUCCGACUCGGACACUGCUGUGAGUGCUACUCAAGCAUCCAAUCAACCUUUUUCGGAGCUGCCAUGUCCUGAAGAAAAAAUUAAAGCAACAGUUACCCAAAUUACUAUGGCUCUGGGUGGAUUAAAAAAUAUUUUCACUCCUCUUCUUUUUCGGGGACUCCUGUCAUUUCUCACUUGGUGGAUUGCAGCUUGUCUUUUUUCUACAAGCUUGUUUGGGUUAUUCUAUCACCAGUAUCUGAUUGUGGCAUGAUACAAACAUUAUGAUCCUAUCAUGCAAAAAGGUCCAAAAACUAGACCUGAUGCUAUAAUGGCACGAACACUUGCCUGAACUUAUCAGCAGCAUUAUGUCUUGUUGCAAUGUUUUCUCUGUCUUCUCAGGGUAAAUAUUGUACAAAAUUACUGUUGUGAACUUAAUUUUCGUUACCUCAGAGGAAGAAAACUGACCGCUGAUCACUCCUACUUAAUAUCAUUUUUUUAAAAUCCGUCCUAGGGGAAUAUCAGUUUAUAUAAGUUAAACUUAAAAAUGUAAAUCCUUA